UGGGAAAACAGAUUGUACUUGACACAAAAGUCCCUCGAUUGCCGCCCAAAAGAGACAACACAUACAAAGUUUGUCUCACCACUCACCCCGCCGCAUUUAUAAACACCCCUCCCAUCCUCCCAACAAACAUUCCCUCAUAAGCCAACAUCAUCCUCUCCAUCGACUGGUCGAGGAGAGCUUUCACUUAGCCAAAUAAAAAAAAAAGAACAAAAAUGGCGUCCCUAUUCCUCCUCCUCCUCACACUCCUCUCCCUCCCACUCUUCCUCAUCCUCAUCCGCCGCAGCCGGCCCAAGCUCCGCCUCCCGCCGGGCCCAAAGCCCUUACCCAUCAUCGGCAACCUGCACAUGCUCGACACCUCCCAGCCUCAGCGCCAGUUCUACGAACUGGCGCAGCGUUACGGGCCCCUGAUGUCCCUACAACUAGGGUUCGUGCAGGGGCUCGUGGUCUCCUCGGCCAAGAUGGCCAAGGAGGUCAUGAAGUAUCAUGACCUCGAGUUCUGCAGCCGCCCCAAUCUCUUGGGGCAGCGCAAACUCUCGUACGAUGGGUUCGACGUCGUUUUCGCUCCCUACAAUGACUACUGGCGCGAGAUGCGCAAGAUUUGCACCCUCCACCUCUUCAACUUCCGCCGCGUCCAGAGCUUCCGGCCCAUUAGAGAGGAAGAAGUGUCACGGCUCAUGAAAAAGGUGACGAGCAACGUGGAGAGCGGGAAGCCGUUGGAUAUAAACGAGAUGAUGAUGUCGCUGACGAUCUCCAUCAUCUGCCGGAUAUCCCUGGGGAAGAAGUACGACGACGACGCCAAGGAGCGGCAGCAUUUCAUCGGCAUGCUGACGGAGUCGCAGGCCAUGUUCGGCAACUUCUUUUACGGCGACUACUUCCCCGGGAUGCGGUGGCUGGACAAGCUCAACGGCAUGGUGGACCGGCUGGACCGGAACUUCAGGGACCUCGAUAACUUCUACCAGGAGGUCAUUGACCAGCACCGCGACCCGAACCGGCCCAAACCCGAAAGAGAAGACAUCAUUGAUGUCCUUUUGAGGAUCAAGGAAGAGAGGGGGUCUUCCAUUGACCUCAAUUGGGAUCACAUCAAGGGCGUUCUUAUGCAGAACGUAUUCGUCGCCGGGACGGAUACAAGUGCAGCGACAGUGAUAUGGGCCAUGACCUUCCUAAUCACCAACCCACCAGCCCUGAAAAAGGCCCAACAAGAAAUCCGGGCCCAUGUCGGCACCAAAGGAUUCGUCGACGAGGACGACGUCCAGGAGCUCCCUUACCUCAAGGCAAUCGUCAAAGAAACAUUCCGGCUGCAGCCGGCGGUGCCGCUGCUGGUCCCGAGGGAGACGGUGCAGGACUCCCAAAUCGGCGGCUACGACAUCCCGGCGAAGACCGUGGUCUUCGUCAACGCGUGGGCCAUCGGGCGGGACCCGGAAGCCUGGGCCCGGCCCGACGACUUCUACCCGGAGAGGUUUUUAGGCAGUGAGGUUGACUUCAAGGGGGUUGACUUCGAGCUCGUCCCUUUCGGGGCGGGUCGGAGGGGCUGCCCCGGGAUCCACAUGGGCAUUGCCACGGUGGACCUCGCGCUGGCGAAUUUGUUGUACAGGUUCGACUGGGAGCUGCCACCUGGCACUGAGAGGGAGGACGUGGACUUCGACGUGCUCCCGGGGAUUACUAUGCAUAAGAAGAAUCAUCUCUGGCUCGUGCCCAAGAUUCCAGCUGCUUGAUUCAGAUUUCAGAUUAAUCUUCGGAUUAAGGGGUUAAUUACGUGCGUGCAGCCGUACGUGGCAAUAUACAGUCAAACGUUUGUCGUUUGAUAUAUAUGAUGGUAAAAGUUAAGGUUAAUUGUUGUCCUUUCUCUUUCUCUCCUCUUGAAAACAAAGUAACUAUUGAUACAUAUUACAGAGUAUAGUGUUAAUUGCCUGUCCUACAAACCGUUAUAUAUAGUUUCCAAUUGGUUUUUGUUUGUUUUUUGUUUCGAAUAAGAGAUAGGGCA